GGUUGUUAAUCAAAACAACGCGCACUGCGCACAGUUUAUAAAAUUGUUAAAUAUCUAAUCUAAAUGGAGUGAAAAAAUUUAAAUCCCAAAAAAAUUAAUUUAGGAGGUUUACUCCAUUAUACGUUACCUUACCGCUUUAAACUUUAUUUGGACUGAGUUUUAUGUGAAGUAAGAAUUGCAAAUGGCAAAAUAGAUGGGAAACACGUCCACUACGAUUGUUUUGAAUAAUUUUAAAUACACAUAAAGCAAGUGAAGAAAGAAAGCAAUAUACUGGACUCCGACAAAUUUGCUACACAAUUAAGAAAAAAUAAAUGUUGCUCUUUGUUUUGGAACUGCAUAAAAUAAGUUUUAACAGAGCAAAUAACAGCUCGGAAUAUUCAAUGAUGUAAAAUAAAAAUAGAUGUCAAUGGCGUUAUACGUUAUGAUAUAUUAUUAAAGGCGAUUGUCAAUUAAAUAAUGUAUUCUAUUUUACAACAACGGAAAAUACUACGAGGGCUGAUACUUAUUAUUCCUUUUGUGUGUAUUGGAGCAUAUACUGAUAUGGGAAAAAAUUCUUCACCUCAGAACCUUUUUGCAAAUGGAAGAUCUCAAUUUAUAACAAAAAAUAACUCACGAGUAACGGUUCAAAAGGGUGGACUGGCAAUAUUACCCUGUGUUGUAAAAUUGAGUUCAGUGGCAACAGUAUCAUGGAUAAGAAGAAAAGAUUUUCAGCUGCUGACAGUCGGAUUAUCCACCCACAGCAGCGAUAAACGUUUUCUUGUUGAACAUACACGGCAUAUGGGACAUUGGUCUCUUCGUAUUAAAUCUGUACGUGAAGACGAUCGUGGAUUAUAUGAGUGCCAAUUAUCCGUGUAUCCGACGCAAUCAAUUUUUAUAGAACUAAAGGUUGUAGAGGCGGAAGCUGAAAUUAUUGGUUCUCCAGAUAUACAUAUUGAUGAAGGGUCAACUUUAAGACUUGAAUGCAAGUUAAAAAAAGCUACAGAGAUACCAGAAUUUGUUUUUUGGUAUCACGACGAUAAAAUGGUAAACUAUGAUACUCAAAAUGGUUUCUUUGUAAAAUCUUAUUUACACAAAGAAUCUCACCUCUCAUCACAAAGUUCUGAAACCCAUUUGGUAAGACCGGAUGAUGCGGAAAAUUUUCGAGCCUAUAAAGAUUCGGCGAUUCUUAAAACAAGUAAUAAAACUAGUCACUGGUUAAAGAACGUGCAAUCAGUUGGUUCUACUCUUCCAGCAUCCAUUAGCAUUCUAACCAUACUGAAGGUUCGUUUUCAUCAUGCGGGAAAUUAUACCUGUGCGCCUUCAAAUGCAAAGUCGGCCAGUACAUCUGUUCAUGUCCUACAAGAAGAAAAACCUGCUGCGAUGCAGCAUCUGAAUCGAACUAUUUGGGAUGGCGAUCUAAACAACAACAGCAUCAGUACAACUGGAACUACAACAUCAAAUAACUCCACGAAUCUUAUAUUAAGUAUAUUUUAUCUUAAAAUUAUUAUAUUCUCAACUUACACUAUGGGAAAGCGUAAUGUUUUAUUUUCCAUAACGAAAACUUUACAUGCAAGUGUAUUAAAUAGAUGAAGUUCAUUUAAAACAAAUUUAACGUGAAAGCUAUAUUUUUAAGUUAAAAUAAAUUAAUGUUUAAAUAUCCUGAACGAAA